AUGGGUUCCCAGGCAUCCAAAAUUGUUGAACCGAAAUAUACACCAGUGAGAAGCACCAAUGACGACGACGAACUUCUGUUGAAGCUACAGGCAAGACUAGGGCAGCAGGAUGAGUCCAAAGAUGCCCCAUUGAGCCUGAGUAACCUCUCCAAGUGGGAGGCAAAUUUGCUGGCAGACCCAAAGAAUAGAUUAGCUCUGAACUGCUUUACCAGCCACGACAUCACAGAGAUAGUUGCACAGACGGCAGCCAUCAACUUGGACAAUGUCGAUUUGUUCAAUGUGAAUGUCAAGUUCGAAGGCGCACCCAUCACCAACCAGAAGUCAUCUGGCAGAUGCUGGCUUUUUGCAUCAACUAACGUGUUCAAGGAGUUUAUCAAGGCCAAGCACCAACUAGAAAGUUUUGAGUUUUCGCAGAAUUACUUGUUUUUCUAUGACAAGCUGGAGAAGUCGAACUGGUUCCUAAACAGGAUUAUUGAGUCGGCCGAUGAGGAAAUUGACUCCAGAUUGGUCCAGUACCUCAUGCAGACUCCAGAGAACGACGGUGGCCAGUGGGACAUGGUGGUCAACCUGGUGAAGACGUAUGGUCUUGUUCCAAAAUCUGUCUAUCCAGACUCGGCUUCGUCUAUUAACUCCAGUGGUCUAAACUACCUGGUUAACAACAAGUUACGGGAAUUUGCGCUCGUUUUGCGUAAGCUGAGCACCAGCGAGAAAAGCGAGGACGUCGAAGGCGUCAAGACUUCGAUGCUGAACGAGAUCUUCAACAUUUUGGCCUUAACUCUAGGACUGCCUCCGAAGCCUGAUGAUGAGAUCACCUGGGAGUACAAGGACAAAUUCGGCAACUUCCAUUCCGUCAAGACCACCCCAUUGGGAGUGUACAGUGAUCUUCUAGGCUUCGAUGCUGCCAAAUACUUCUCGCUGAUCCAUGACCCUAGAAACACCGAGGGACUGUAUACGGUGGACAAGUUGGGCAACAUUGAAGGUGGAAAGCCUAUCGAGUACGUCAACACGUCUAUCGACAACCUCAAGCAGGCUGCUAUUGCUAUGUUGCAGGCAAACCAUCCUGUGUUUUUCGGGUGCGAUGUUGGGAAGUUUGGCAAGACCGAUUUGGGCCUUCUGGACGUAGACUCUUGGGACUACCAACUGGGCUUUGGCACCGACAUGCACCUAAACAAGAAGCAGCGUCUGAUGACAGGUUCAUCGCAAAUGACGCAUGCCAUGGUACUAGUUGGUGUCCAUCUUGUCGACGGAAAGCCUGUUCGCUGGAAGGUGGAGAACUCCUGGGGUGAGUACGGAGCACACAAGGGUUACUACGUUAUGAGCGACAAAUGGUUUGACGAGUACGUUUUCCAGAUCGUUACCAGCGAGAGGUUUGCUACUACCAAGUUGACAGAUAUCUGGAAGAGCAAGGAUUACAAAGUUUUACCAUACUAUGAUCCUAUGGGGGCUCUGGCUUAA